AUGCGUUGCUUCAUCAGCCUUGUUCUUGGCCUGCUGGCCCUGGAGGUAGCCCUUGCCCGGAACCUACAGGAACAAGUCGUCAACUCAGUUCAGUCUAUGUGCCCUGAAGCCAGCUCCAGUGAGGAAACAGGGUGUAUCGACUGUCAAUCCAACGAGGAGUGUGCCCAGAAUGCCAUGUGUUGUCCCAGUUCCUGUGGCAGGACCUGCCAAACUCCUGUCAACAGCGAUGCUCCAAAAGCUGGCCGCUGCCCCUGGGAUCUAUCCCAGAUGAUCACAGCUGGGCCAUGCCCAAAGGCUGCACUCUGCUCCCAUGACAAUGAAUGUACUGGCAACAUGAAAUGCUGCAACGUUGGCUGUGUCAUGAAAUGUAAAAGCCCACAACCAGUUUCCCACUACCAGACUGUCAGUACGCUUCCCGAUACCGAAAGCCUGAGCUCAGCAAAGAUGGCGCCUGCCCGGAACAGGCAGAGGGCGUGGCUUCCGUCUGAGAGCACUGUACCACCUAACUUCCGGCGGCGCACCGGUGACGUGCGUGAGCGCGCCGGGCCGCGUGGAGGCCGUGCGGCUGAUGGAGGGAACAAGACUGGCAGAAUUGUCGAAAAAAACGUCAUGUGGAUAUGUAGCAUGUGCUCCAAGAAGGACUCUGGAGUCACUUACUAG